UGCUUAUGGUUUGCCUACGGGGAGAUAGGAGGACGUUGUCGAGGACAAUGACCCAACACACCUCCAGGCUGUGUAAGGGCUAUUUGACCAAGAAGGAGAGUGAUGGAGUGCUGCAUCAGAUGACCUGCCUCCAUAAUCACCCGGCCUCAACCCAAUUGAGAUGGUUUGGGAUGAGUUGGACCACAGAGUGAAGGAAAAGCAGCCAACAAGUGCUCAGCAUAUGUGGGAACUCCUUCAAGACUGUUGGAAAAGCAUUCCAGGCACUGCCAAGGAGGUGAGUUCAGGGAAAAUCCAUUUUCAGCCUCAAGCCACGUUCACCACCUCUAUAAUAUCCAGUAUGGCUGAAGAAAUGCCUUCAUGGACCUCAGAAAGGUUUGUUGAUAAAGUAUACAUUUCAAAGAGAAGUAUCCGGAAAAACUUAAUAAACAAAAUGCACUACGUUUCCCACGUGCCCUCAGAGAGUGUAAAAGUCAACACUGCUCACAAAGUGGAAAGUGACUCUAACCCAUCUGAUAAUGACGAUACUGAUUCCCUCUCAGGUAGUAGCUACACUGGGAUGAUUUAUUUAAACCCACAAACACCUACAUGGACUCUGGCUGAGAAGUUAGCUGGGCUCAACUCUGGAAAAGACAAGAGACUGUCUCUCAAUCAGGACCUCUGUAGUCCUCCAGGUUCACCUGCAGCCAUUAAACAUAAUGUUGCCAAUAGGAGAGGUUCUACAGGUCUGGAGGGGGUCUACUCAGACUCGUCACAACAGGAGGAAGGCAACAUCAAGAAUGGUACGAAAAUACUUCUGCAGAGGAAAGUGUGCAGCGGUGAUCCUUCCGAUCUGAAGCUGCGUCUGGUGAGAGAGAUCAGGCAUGUUAGUCAUGAUGUGCGUGAUGUACGUGGUAACAAGGGGAAUUGGAAGGGUGGAGAACCGCUAGUCAUUCACCCUCCACUAAACAAGGCUAUGGCAAUGAUUGAUGCCUGUGAGGAUAAGGUGCCUAUAGUGUUUGCUGCCAUGAAGAAACGUGGAGUGGAGGGAGACACAGAGAACCGGCCCUACAAGUGCACUCACUGCAACUGGGCCUUUAAGAAGUCCAGCAAUCUGCAGAGUCAUCUGGAUACUCAUAGUGGCCUGAAGCCUCAUAUAUGUGACCUGUGUGGCAAAGCCUAUUCUCACCAAGGCACACUGCAGCAGCACAAGCGCCUGCACACUGGAGAGAGACCGUACCACUGCCCCUUCUGUGAAAAGACGUACAUCUGGUCCUCCGAUUACCGCAAGCACAUUCGCACGCACACCGGAGAGAAACCGUACGUGUGCGAGACCUGCAGCAAGGACUUUGUGCGCUCCUCGGACCUGCGGAAGCAUGAGCGCAACAUGCACACCAAUGAAAAACCCUUCCCGUGCACGCAGUGCGGCAAGACCUUCAACAAGCCACUGUCCCUGCUCCGCCAUGAGCGCACUCACCUGGGCGAGCGGCCCUUCUGCUGUCCCAUCUGCGGGAAAACCUUUGCCGUGGCCAGCCGCAUGGCAGAGCACCAGAAGGUGCACACCGGGGUGAGACCCUACACCUGCCUGGUCUGCACCAAGUCCUUCACCAAGUCCUCCAACCUGCUGGAGCACCAGGCCGUACACAGCGGUAUCCGCCCCCACAAGUGUCCUCAGUGCGGGGUGGCAUUCGCCAUGGUGUCCCGCCUGGUCCGUCACCAGCGUGUCCAUACCGGAGAGAGGCCGUACGACUGCACAGGCUGCAGCAUGUCCUUCAGCCGCACAGCUGCUCUGAAGCGCCACCAGGAGCAGACGUGUGCCGGGAGGAUCUUUGUCUGUAUGGAGUGUGACAAGGCUUUCCAGUGUGCCUCUCAGCUCACUGAGCACAUGGUGAGCCAUGAAUGACCCUACUGCUGCUGCUGCUACUGCUGCUACUGCUGCUACUGCUGCUUCUGUUGUUGAAAACACUGAAGACUUAUUUAUGCUGUUUGGGAGCUACCCUCUCAUAGAGUACAAAGAGUUGGUCUAAUCAACCUUACUGAUCUAUACAUGCUACGCUCUUAGAAAAAAAGGUUCCCAAAGCGUUUUUCGGCUGUCCCCAUAGGAGAACCCUUUUUGGUUCCAGGUAGAUAGCACCUUUUUUGAAGGACAACAUCCUGCUAGGCUGCUAAGCCUUAAAAUACAGUGCCUUCAGAAACUAUUCACACCCCUUUCCUUUUUCACAAGUGCCCUCAACCGGUAUGAUGCAUUUUGCAUCAUAUGAUGUUGCGUUUUCCAUCAUAGGAUGCUCAAUGCAUCAUACAUGUUGUAUUUCUGUAUUUUAUCUUGAAGUUGUAUAUCUUGAAAACUUGAUUUGCUGACAUGGAAAACAUUUUGGGACUAUAUAAAAAAUGGACUAAUGAAACAAAUACCAAAAGAUGGUUUUGGAGUGGAAUUUUCCUUUUAUGGCCGUGAUAGGAGAAAACUGAGGAUGGAUCAACAACAUUGUAGUUACUCCACAAUUACUAACCUAAAUGACAGAUUUUAAAAGAAGGAAGCCUGUACAGAAUACAAAUAUUCCAAAUCAUGCAUCCUGUUUGCAAUAAGGCACUAAAGUAAAACUGCAAAAAAUGUGGCAAAGAAAUUCACUUUUUGUCCUGAAUACAAAGCAUUAUGUUUGGGGCAAAUAUAACACAACACAUCCCUGAGUACCACUCUUCAUAUUUUCAAGGAUGGUGGUGGCUGCAUCAUGUUAUGUGUAUGCUUGUUAUCGGCAAGGACAAGGGAAUGGAAUAGAGCUAAGCACAGGAAAACCUGGUUCAGUCUGCUUUCCAACAGACACUGGGAGACAACUUUACCUUUCAACAGGACAAUAACCUAAAACACAAGGCCUUGCAAAAGUCUUCACCCCCUUGGUAUUUUUCCUAUUUUGUUGCAUUACAACCUGUAAUUUGAAUGGGUUUUUAUUUGGAUUUCAUGUAAUGGACAUACACAAAAUAGUCCAAAUAGUGAAGUGAAAUGAAAAUAAUAACUUGUUUAAAAAAAUUCAAAAACAGAAAAGUGGUGUGUGCAUAUGUAUUCACCCCCUUUGCUAUGCAGCCCCUAAAUAAGAUCUGGUGCAACCAAUUACCUCUGAAGUCACAUACUUAGUUAAAUAAAGUCCACCUGUGUGCAAUCUAAGUGUCACAUGAUGUGCCACAUGAUCUCAGUGUAUAUACACCUGUUCUGAAAGGCCCCAGAGUCUGCAACACCACUAAGCAAGAGGUACCACCAAGCAAGUGGCACCAUGAAUACCACAGAGCUCUCCAAACAGGCCAGGGACAAAGUUGUGGAGAAGUACAGAUCAUGGUUGGGUUAUAAAAAAAUAUCAGAAACUUUGAACAUCCCACAGAGCUCUAUUAAAUCCAUUAUUUCAAAAUGGAAAGACUGUGGCACCACAACAAACCUGCCAAGAGAGGGCCGCCCACCAAAACUCAUGGACAGGGCAAGGAGGGCAUUAACCAGAGAGGCAACAAAGAGACCAAACAUAACCCUGAAGGAGCUGCAAAGCUUCACAGCAGAGAUUGGAGUAUCUUUAGGACCACUUUAAGCCAUACACUCCACAGAGCUGGGCUUUAUGGAAGAGUAAACAGAAAAAAAUAAGUAAACAUGUUUGGUGCUUGCCAAAAGGCAUGUGGGAGACUCCCCAAACAUAUGGAAGAAGGUACUCUGGUCAGAUGAGACUAAAAUGUAGUUUUUGGCCAUCAAGGGAGACGUUAUGUCUGGCGCAAACCCAACACCUCUCAUCACCUCGAGAACAUCAUCCCCAAAGUGAAGGAUGGUGGUGGAAGCAUCAUGAUGUGGGGAUGUUUUUCAUCGACAGGGACUGGGAAACAGUCAGAAUUGAAGGAAUGAUGGAUUGUGAUAAAUACAGGGAAAUUCUUGAGGGAAACCUGUUUCAGUCUUCCAGAGAUUUGAGACUGGGACGUAGGUUCACCUUCCAGCAGGACAAUGACCCUAAGCAUACUGCUAAAGCAACACUUGAGGGGUUUAAGGGGAACAUUUAAAUGUAUUGGAAUGGCCCAGUCAAAGCCCAGACCUCAAUCCAAUUGAGAAUCUGUGGUAUGACUUAAAGAUUGCUGUACACCAUCAGAACCCAUCCAACUUGAAGGAGCUGGAGCAGUUUUGCAUUGAGGAAUGGGCAAAAAUCCCAGUGACUAGAUGUGCCAAGCUUAUAGAGACAUACCCCAAGAGACUUGCAGCUGUAAUUGCUGCAAAAGGUGGCUCAACAAAGUAUUGACUUUGGGGGUGAAUAGUUAUGCACGCUCAAGUUUUCUGUUUUUUUGUCUUAUUUCUUGUUUAUUUCACAAGAAAAAUUAUUUUGCAUCUUCAAAGUGGUAGGCAUGUUGUGUAAAUCAAUUGAUACCAACCCCCCCAAAAUAUAUUUUAAUUCUAGGUUGUAAGGCAACAAAAUAGGAAAAAUGCCAAGGGGGGUGAAUACUUUCGCAAGCCACUGUAUACAAUGGAAUUGCAUACCAAGAUGACAUUGAGUGUUCCUGACUGGCCUAGUUACAGUUUUGACUUAAAUCGUCUUGAAAAUCUAUGGCAACUUGAAAAUGGCUGUCUAGCAAUGAUCAACAACUUAACCAAAUUUUUUAAAGAAUAAUAUGCAAAUAUUGUACAAUCCAGUUGUUUUAACGCUCUUAGAGACUUACCCAGAAAGACACAGCUGUAAUCACUGCCCAAGGUGCUUCUAAAAAGUAUUGAAUCAGGGGUGUGAAUACUUAUGUAAAUGAGACAUUUCUGUAUUUCAUUUUCAAUAAAUGUGCAAAUAAUUCUAAAAAGAUGUUUUCACUUUGCCGUUAUGGGGUAUUGUGUGUAGGUAGAUGGGUGAGAAUAAAAUCUAUUUAAUCCAUUUUCAAUUCAGGCUGUAACACAACAAGAUGUGGAAUAAGUCAAGGAUAAUGAUUUUUAUGAAAUACGACCUGUAAUUAAUUACAAUAUGAGUGAAAAGGUUUUCCUUCCAAAAAAUGCUAAUUUUAAAAAGCAGAUUUUCUGUGUUGGAAUGGUGUGGGCAUACCCCUACAACAGAACGGUGUGGGUGUAUACCAGUCAUUAAUAAUAUUCAUGCAAGUAGACUCCUCAUUCCCUAUGAGGAAAUAACAAGCAUUUUUUUAAAUGGUCUGUUUGAGAUACAAGUCUGAGGAGGAGUUUAAAAAAGAAAAAUACUUUAAAAAAAAAUACUUUUGCAUAAAGAGUAUAGGAUGAGUCAACAACAUCAUUUAAGUAUGAGUUAACAACAUAGUUUAGGUAUGAGUUAUGUUACAGAAUAUGAAGGUUUAAAGGGGAGAUUUUCACUGGACAGUUACUUAAGCAUCCUCUGAAAAUAUUCUAAAAUCUAUUCUAAAAAAACUCUGUUAAUGCAAGCAUGAGUUUGGCUGAAAAAAACCCGAAAUUGUUUAGGAAGAUGUAUGAUGCUCGGGAAUUAUAUGCCGCUUUCUAUAAUUUCUGUGAUCUCUUAUAUAAGGAAUGUGGUAAAAUACCCACAAAAAUCAACUGUCAUCUGUAAUCCUCAAUGAUGGAGAGUAGUUUACUACACUGUGGUUACAUAGUUUCUUUAUUCUGUGUGAACUUGACAAAGACUGUCUGAAAAAUAUAUACUACCAGGCAUUACUUUGCCCGGAAUGACAGUUGGAGUGUAUCAAUAUGUUUCAAAUGUACUUUGUUUUUUAACUGUUCUUAUAAAAUAGAUCACUCUGGUUAAAAUUGACACAAGCAACAGCUUGUUUUCAUCUAUUUAUUUUUAAAGUAUGUCAGUUUGUUCUUGUUUUUAUCAUUUGACCAUGCCUUCUAUCUGGUGACCAAUAGUUAUAUUCAAAUUUCUAUUAUUCUGCAAUACAGUAUUUGACUUAGAAUGGAGUAGACUAGAAUACAAUACAAUGCAAUUCAUCUUUAUUAUCCCCAAAAAGCAAUUCAGUUGCAUCAAAAUUGGACAGUUUCAUAGUUUGACAGCAUGUAGAUUACAGUAGGUUAGUGAAGGCUAAACUUUAGAGGAGUGAUUAUACAGUCGUGGCCAAAAGUUUUGAGAAUGACACAAAUAUUAAUUACCACAAAGUUUGCUGCUUCAGUGUCUUUAGAUAUUUUUGUCAGAAUUUGUGGGUUUUUGUUUGUCCAUCCACCUCUUGAGGAUUGACCACAAGGUCUCAACGGGAUUAAGGUCUGGGGAGUUUCCUGGCCAUGGACCCAAUAUAUCAAUGUUUUGUUCCCCGAGCCACUUAGUUAUCACUUUUGCCUUAUGGCAAGAUGCUGCAUCAUGCUGGAAAAGGCAUUGUGCUGCUACACCUGCAUUGCUUGACGUUUGGGGUUUUAGGCUGGGUUUCUGUACAGCACUUUGAGAUAUCAGCUGAUGUACGAAGGGCUAUUAAAAUAAAUUUGAUUUGAUUGUUCGUCACCAAACUGUUUCUGGAUGAUUGGGAGAAGUUGUCUCGGAGGAUGUGUUGGUACCAAUCUUUAUUCAUGGCUGUGUUCUUAGGCAAAAUUGUGAGUGAGCCCAUUCCCUUGGUUGAGAAGCAACCCCACACAUGAAUGGUCUCAGGAUGCUUUACUGUUGGCAUUACACAGGACUGAUGGUAGCACUCACCUUGUCUUCUCCAGACAAGCUUUUUUCCGGACGCCCCAAACAAUCGGAAAGGGGAUUCAUCAGAGAAAAAUACUUUAUCCCAGUCCUCAGUAGUCCAAUCCCUGUACCUUUUGCAGAAUAUCAGUAUGUCCCUGAUGUUUUUUUCUGGAGAAAAGUGGCUUUUUUGCUGCCCUUCUUGACACCAGGCUAUCCUCCAAAAGUCUUCGCCUCACUGUGCGUGCAUCUGCACUCACACCUGCCUGCUGCCAUUCCUGAGCAAACUCUGUACUGGUGGUUCCCCGAUCCCGCAGAUGAAUCAACUUUAGGAGACAGUCCUGGCGCUUGCUGGACUUUCUUGGGCGCCCUGACGCCUUCUUCACAACAAUUGAACCGCUCUUCUUGAAGUUCUUGAUGAUCCGAUAAAUGGUUAAUUUAGGUGCAAUCUUACUGGCAGCAAUAUCCUUGCCUGUGAAGCCCUUUUUGUGCAAAGCAAUGAUGACGGCACGUGUUUCCUUGCAGGUAACCAUGGUUGACAGAGGAAGAACAAUGAUUCCAAGCACCACCCUCCUUUUGAAGCUUCCAGUCUGUUAUUCGAACUCAAUCAGCAUGACAGAGUGAUCUCCAGCCUUGUCCUCAUCAACACUCACACCUGUGUUAACGAGAGAAUCACUGACAUGAUGUCAGCUGGUCCUUUUUUGGCAGGACUGAAAUGCCGUGGAAAUGGUUUUUUGGGGGAUUCAGUUCAUUUGCAUGGCAAAUAUGGACUUUGCAAUUAAUUGCAAUUCAUCUGAUCAGUCUUCAUAACAUUCUGGAGUAUAUGCAAAUUGCCAUCAUACAAACUGAGGCAGCAGACUUUGUGAAAAUUAAUAUUUGUGUCAUUGUCAAAACUUUUGGCCACGACUGUACACAUGAGCACCUCUAAGAAGAACACCUAGUAGCCUAUCAAGUGCAGUGUGCAUCCCAGAUGGCACCUAUGGGUCCUGGUCAAAAAUAAUGUACUAUAUAGGAAAUAGGUUGCCUCUUGGCAAGCACACCUAGUAGCAUAUGAAGUGGAGAUCAGUCAUGAGGGUGCCGUUCUAAGGUUAAUCAUAUGGGAACAAUCUGAAUCUUUGAAAGUACAAUAUGGAAUGUAUAACAUUUUUGUUUGUUAUGGAUUUGGCAGGUUUUGUUUUUGUAUUUUUUACCUGUGUUUUUGGUGUUUUUGAUGAAGAGUAUGGACACCUUGAUUGCAAAGGACUGCCGAACAACAUAAUGCAGAAAGCGCCAUCCUUUUCUCAAAAUCUAGACCAGCAAGAUUGAAUUCAAUGGACGUCCUUUGAAGCACUUUAAAGCUCACAGCAGGGACCUUAAAUGAGUUUGAAAUCCAGUCAUUUGUCUUGGGUGAUCCAUUGUGGAAAUUGGUCCCCCAAUACCUCUGUAGCACAGGAGGCUGCUAACGGGGAAAACAGCUCUUAAUAAUGGUUGGAAUGGAGUGAAUGGAAUGGUAUCAAACACAUAGAAACCAUGUAUUUAAUGUGUUCGAUACCAUUCCAAUAAUUCCCUUCCAGCUAUUACUAUGAGCACGUCCUCCCCAAUUAAGGUGCCACUCGCUGCCUGUGCUCUGUAGUUAACCUUAAGUCUUACUACAAUCCACAACUUACUCAAUAAUACAGUUUUGAUACCAUCAGAUACCAGCAGUGCCAUCCAGUCACAUGAGAAUAUACAGUAAGAGACUCGCUCACUAUUUCUAUGCAAUAAUCUAGAGAUUGGGUUGAAUGAAAACCAGAGCGGAGUCAUUCAGAGCUGCUGUCCGACUGACAGGCUAAUGGUCAUUAUGAGUUCAUGUGAUACUACAAAAGUGCUGUUAAUACCUGGUGCUAACAAGCCACCUUUGUCCUGAUUGUGUUCACAUCCUGAUUGUACCCACAUUUGUAGACGAUCAAAAGACACAUUGUGAUCUGAUUGUGAUCUUCCUGACCACCUCCAGAGGUAGACAGGCACAUAGCCGUGGGAAGUAGGGGUGCUGAGGGUGCCGCAGUACCCCCUGAUUUCUUCUCCACAAAAGUAGUGCACUGGGCCUUUACUAGUACAAUAUUAACGGACUUAUAUAGCCAUCUGUAGUGCAGCACCCCCGCCCUCAAACAUCUUCCCACGUCCAUGGACAGGCAUGCAUUGUGUCUGGAUAUCUUACAAAUGUAGACAUAUCUAGACAGUGAAACCAUUUGAAUCAUAAUUAUCCCAUCUUCUAAAAUCAUUGACAGGUGGCACCAUUGACUUAUGACAUCAAUUUCUGUUUUAAAAUAAAUACAUUUAUAUUAUUUUUGAAAGAAUAUUCAUUAAAUAAUUGGAUGCAUGUUAGUGCCCGGUAUAAACAAGGCUCUGGUCACUAGUGUGUUCACUUCCUAGUGUGUUCUCUUCCUAGUGUGUUCUCUUCCUAGUGGAUACAUUAGUGAGAAAAAAACUUCGACACGAGGCAUCCUUGCCCUCUUGCCCAGGGUGGCACAUUUGAUGUUUGUUUAUAUGUGUCAAGAAAUAUUGUGUGAAUAUUUGCUUGAUGUAAAAAAAAUGUAGAAUGAUAUUUCAGGUGUCAAAUUGAUAUUCUAUUUGAAGACCAAAGGUCUACCGAAUAUGAAAAAAAUAUUUAAUAUUUACUGUACUGUCUGCAAUGGAGCUGAUUUCUGUAGCUGUCUACUGCAGUAACACAUAGAUGUUAUGUGUAUAAUUGGAUUGGAGUAAAAGAGAACAAGAAUUUAAAUAAAAGAGAAUUCGAAUAGUAA